AUGACCAUCUCGAGACAUUUGCGCGUCCAUGUCCGGGCGGGCGCCAACCUGGAGACGGAGUCCGGCGGGACGUAUGUCAUACUCAGGCUGGACGACGAGAAGGAGCGCACCAAGCCUGCCAAGGGCUUGUACCCGGUCUGGAACCAGACCCUGAAGUUCCCCCUCGCCGACGCAUCGCCCGACGAGGAGUCGCCCACCCUCAAAGUGAAAGUAAAGCAGAACAACUACCUCCGAUUCGAUAAGACGGUGGGGAAGGGCACGCUGAGCAUCCCGCUGGUCUACGGCCCGGGUCUGCACGAGACCAAGGUCCCCCUGACGGGUGCGGAGGGCGCCGCGGCUGGGUUUGUCCACCUGGGCGUGGAGGUGGUGGAGGGCGGCAUCGACGAGGUGCACGAGCCGCCCCCCGUGCCGGCGGGCGGCCUGCUGAGCGGGCUGCCCAGCGCGCAGGGCAAGGCGGAGCUGGCCAAGGGGGGCGCGGCCGAGUUCCUGCCCUCCGCCACGACCACCCCCGUGGGGCCUCAGUCUGGGGCGCUGGCCGCGGGGCAGCUGGCCGACCCCUCGCAGCCGGCGUACGGCGUGCUGUGA